UUUGUCCUCCGUCGCAAUCAUGAUGACGCAACCGUUCACGUGAUUUGCGUGUGGCGUUUCAAGAUGGCGUCUGAUUUGUGUUCUUUCCCCGCCGGAGGCCGCUUCUGCCUGGUAAGCGGCAUCCCCGCCCGGCUCCGCUCCGCCGACCUCCGCUGCUUCUUCAGCCACUUCGUCGAAGGCGGAGGCUUCCUCUGCUUCCACUACAGGCACCGCCCCGAGAGAGAAGGGAAGCCCGGAGGCCCAGGGCCCACCUGCUGCUGCCUGGCCCUGCUCCGUCCCGGAUGCUCCCGGCGCCGCCUCCUCCGCAUGUACUCCGGGAAGCGCUGGGUCGACAAGGAGGGAGAGAGCCUCCCCGGAAGGUGCCUCAUCCGGAGGGUCCGCGUCGCCCCGGAUCAAGAUGGUGACACAUUCGCCUAUAAAACCAAAAAGGAGCAACACAGAAUGUCGAGUGAAACUUUCACGCAAAGUGAUUUAAAACAUCUCCCUGAACUAAAUCCUCCUGCAUUCAUGCCUCAUGGAAAUGUUGGAACCCCUUUGAGAGUCUUCUUGGAUCUCAUCAGAGCUUGCCGGAUGCCUUCCAGUGUUAUCCGGAAGUUGCAGUUGCAGUUCCCCAAGUCUGGUUCUUCUCGCAGGUAUGGGAAAGUGCCAUUUAUAUAUGAGGAAACUGAGACUGUUCUGGAGGAAGAGCGAGUAUAUACAGCUACCGGUGAGGAAAUAACCGAAGGAGAGCACCUGCCAAGAGAAGGAAUGGCUAACCAAGGCAGUAACACUGAGGAGAAAGACUGGGACGAUUCGGUGAAGGAAGAAGCUGCAAAGUCUCCAAUGAGCAGUGAUGAUGAUGAUAGAUGUGAAGAAUGGGAGAGACAUGAGGCUUUGCAUGAAGAUGUCACAAGCCAGGAACGCAUCAAGGAACGUCUGUAUGAGGAGGAAAUUGAACUGAAAUGGGAAAAGGGAGGCUCUGGGUUGGUGUUCUAUACAGAUGCACAGUACUGGCAAGAAGAAGAAGGAGGAGGAGAUUUUGAUGAGCAGACAGCAGAUGACUGGGAUGUAGAUAUGAGCAUCUACUAUGACAAAGAUGGUGGGGACAAGGAUGCUCGGGAUUUGGUCCGGAUGCGGUUUGAGCAGAGACUUCGGGAUGGUUUGGAAGAUGGGUCUGUUCUGGGACAAACAAUUGGGGACUUUGAAAAAUAUACCAAGGGUAUCGGCAGGAAAGUGAUGGAGAAGCAGGGCUGGACUGAGGGCCUUGGUCUGGGAAGCAACAAUUCAGGGAUGGCUGAAGCACUGGCCAACGAGGGCCAGAAUCCCAAAUGCAAGAGGGGUUUGGGGUACCACGGUGAGAAGCUCCAGACCUUUGUCAAGCCCAAGAAACUUCGUCAGGACGGCUGUGGACUGAUCUCCACCAUCUAUGAUGACCCGCAUCCGGAGGACAGAAAAGAGCAACUGCUUCGGCGACAGCUACCAAUCAACUUGAAGUAUCGGCAAAAUGUGGAGUUUGACCACAAUGCGCACGGUUUUCAUCAGAGCUCCAGUUCAUCCUGAGGGACUGCCACCAUUAACUGGCUUUUGGACUGUGCUUUUGCAGUAGCAAAAGUUGUUCUGUUGUGUGAUUGUUUUUAAAAAAAUUAAAAAUUGUAAUUAUUUUUAUUAGCCAAGCUGGAACAAAUGGUAAUUAUUUUUAUUAAAAAUAUGGUGAAUA